CACCACACAGUGGUGUGCAAAACCAGGGCCCAAGGAGGCUUGGUUCUGCAUUGGGGACCCUCGCCCCCCUCCCCCUGCGCCAAGCCCAGAGAGGGCAAUGGGUUGCGGAGGGAGCAGAACGGAUGCACUGGAGCCUCGCAAUCGCAACCUGGAGAGUUGGACCAAAGAAACUGAGUCCACUUGGCUGGCCAGCACGGACACUGAUGUACCCCUCUCCUCUAUUCAGAGCAUCCCCUCGGAAAGCUCCUCCUCAGACAUGGGGUUCAUCUCGGACAAAACAGCUAAUAUUGAUUUAUUCGAUGACUGCCUCCCUGCCCCUGCCCAGGCAUACCUGAAGGUGUGCUCCUCCAUGUCUGAGGUGGCUCUGAGCCGCGGCGACCCCAAAGCAGAGGCCAAGCUGGGGGGUGGUGGUGGCACGAUUCCCCCUCCCAAUCCCCCUAGCCCUCAGGACCCCGCUGCCUCCCCUGGCACCACCACCGUUGAGAAGAGGAGCGUCUUACGAACAGAGGAAAUAACAAAAUGGCAGGACAACAAGAUGUCUACCAAGCAGGUGACCAUCACUGUGACCCAGAGCAUCCGGCAGGUGGACAAGAGCGGGAAGAUCAAGGAGAAGUCCCACACCACCUACGAGGUCAUGACCCCUGUGGAAAGGCUCAAGGACGGCAUGGCAAACUCCACAGUCAAAUAAGUCCCAAACACAGCUAAGAAAGCACAAUGCAUCAAUCUUUUUCCAUGUUGGCUGUCUGAGGUUGAUUCAUGAUGGACUGGAUUAGGACUGGACUGGACUGGACAGAAUCGUAUGACAAAUAUCACAUUCUUUUAAGAAAAAGUGCAUUAACACACAUGGUUGAAUGCAGUGGAUGUGAAGAAAAAGUUUUCAAAAAAUGUAUCGGUAUUGAUAACAAUGAUUG